UCAGAGCUUCUCUUCUCUCCCACAAUCCUGUACAUACGCAUGCACCAGAUUCACACACACACAAAAUCAUCAUCUAAAAUCUAUUUUACAGACUGAGAAAUCGAUACACACUUCUCAAUGGAGUCUAAAAACACCGCUCCUUCAUCAAUGGAGGUGCAGCAGCCGUCGCAGCCGGCUGCUCCGAUAAAAAUCACAGUCCUCGUCGCCGCAAUCGCCGCCGGUGUCCAGUUCGGGUGGGCCCUACAGCUCUCCCUCCUCACUCCCUACGUCCAGCUGCUCGGAAUCCCCCACACCUGGGCGGCCUACAUCUGGCUCUGCGGCCCGAUUUCCGGCCUGAUCGUGCAGCCAAUCGUCGGAUACUACAGCGACAGCUGCACCUCCCGCUUCGGGCGCCGCCGCCCCUUCAUCGCCGCCGGAGCCGCGCUCGUCGCCGUCGCGGUCUUCCUCAUCGGCUUCGCAGCUGAUAUCGGCCACGCCGCCGGCGAUCCCUCCGGAAAGGUCGCGAAACCUAGGGCAAUCGCGGUCUUCGUCGUCGGAUUCUGGAUCCUCGAUGUCGCCAACAACAUGUUGCAGGGGCCGUGCAGGGCUUUGCUGGCGGAUUUAUCCGGCGGGGAAGCGCGGAGGAUGAGCACAUCAAACGCGCUCUUCUCCUUCUUCAUGGCGGUGGGGAACAUCCUCGGCUACGCCGCCGGCUCCUACACUCACCUCUACCGAAUCUUCCCCUUCUCCAAAACCAACGCCUGCGACGUCUACUGCGCGAAUUUAAAAUCCUGCUUCUUCAUCUCCAUCGCCCUGCUCCUAAUCCUCACUGUCCUCGCCCUCACCUUCGUCACCGAAAUCCCCGCCUCCGCGGCGGAGAUUUCGGAGCCGCUGAAGAAGCCGAAAAUCCCCGUGUUUGGGGAGUUAUUCGGUGCUCUGAAGGACCUCCCUAAGCCGAUGUGGAUCCUUUUAUUAGUGACGUGUUUCAAUUGGAUUGCGUGGUUCCCGUUCCUGCUCUUCGACACCGAUUGGAUGGGGAAAGAGGUGUACGGCGGCAAGGUCGGCGAGGGCAAGCUGUACGACCGCGGCGUCCGCGCCGGGGCGCUGGGGCUGAUGCUGAAUUCGGUGGUGUUGGGGGUGGCGUCGCUCGGGGUGCAGUUCUGCGCGAGGGGGUUUGUUGGGGUGAAGAAGAUUUGGGGAGGCGCCAAUUUCUUGCUGGCGGUUGGUUUGGCGAUGACGGUGGUGAUCACGAAGACGGCGCAGCACUCGCGCCACUAUGCCGCCGAUGGGGCGCUGCAGACGCCGGAGCCCGGCGUCAAGAUCGGAGCUUUGACGCUAUUUGCAGUCCUCGGCAUACCUCUUUCGGUAACUUACAGCAUCCCAUUUGCUCUGGCAUCUAUAUUUUCCAGUAAUUCUGGUUCAGGACAAGGCUUAUCACUUGGAGUUCUUAACCUUGCAAUAGUCAUCCCACAGAUGUUGGUUUCUGUCACAAGUGGGCCGUGGGACGACCUCUUCGGAGGCGGGAACCUGCCAGCGUUCGUGGUCGGGGCUGUGGCCGCCGCCAUCAGCGGGGUCUUGGCACUGACGAUGCUUCCGUCGCCGUCUCCUGAAGUGGUGGCGACUAAGGCCAUGACUGCCGGAGGAUUUCACUAGAAUUUUAGUCCCUUAAUGGCCUUUUUAUGAGCUUUUUUAUGUCCAGAAUUAUGGCAGAAUUUAUACACGCUAAGCGUGAUAAUAUUUGUGGCUUUUUUCUUUUUAGUCAUUUUCUUUGUUUUCACUAAUGAAGAUGAUCGUGUGUUAUGCUUAA